GCUACGCCGCGCGCUCAGUGCGUAACCCCCCCGCUGAACGUUAACCACCAAGAAGACAAAGCGGCGGAAUAAUGCCCCGGUGGAUCAACUCAGUGUGCUUUUAUUUAACCGUUUAAGUACCAAAAUCGACUGAGGCGGACUCCCCGGGGUUUUCAGGAUUCCCUGGAAAGAAAUGGACUUAAUUCUUAAAUCAUGCAUUUAAAUGGCGGUAACAUGGAAACAAGUUCAUUCAGAAGUUGCAUGUAACUGGAAUACAGGGGAUAAGAAGAAGAAAUCAAAGCCCACUCCUAUGACUCUCACCACUUGACAUACUUUUUCCCCUCCAUUUUUUCCCUCUCGACGUUGGAAUCAAGGCAGAAUUUUAAUCUGCCAACAUGGACAGUGAGGACGACCUCUCUCAUAGUAGCGAUGAUGGAGGCUCGACACGUGCUGAUUUAAUCCACAGUGACAAAAAAAGAGAGGCAAAAGGGACCUGUCUUAAAAUAGAGGGUCAAGAUGGUUAUGUGUUCAAGUCAUACAGAAUUGCUCAUAAGUCUAAGAAUGGAGAAACUUCUUCCUUGUCCUCAGAGACACUGGCUACAGAAGCCCUCUCAGUCUCUUCUGAAAGGACGUCAGAGGACCAGUCUUCUCAGGUUGGUGCACAACUGUCAGAACCUCAGUUAUCAGAUGAAAAGGCUUUUCUUGAAGAGGCAACCAUUUCUAAUCAGUGCCCAAAUGCUGCAACCUCAUGUAAAAAUGAAAGGACACUCAAGCAGUCAGAAGAUGAAACAAACAUACAUAUCAAACAGGAAGAACCAAAUGCUAUGAAGAAGGAUGACCAGGAGGAUCAGAAUUUUACCUUUGAUAGUUCGGUAGAGCCUUUUGUUACCAGAGAUGAUGACUUACUUAAUUAUAAUAGUACUCUUUAUGAUGUGGCUAUGGAUGCUGUAACACAAAGUCUUCUGUCAUCAAUAAGAAACCCUGUAAACCCACGAAAGAAAUCACCUGCUUGGAACCACUUCUUCAUAUCACCCCGUAAUAGCACCAAAGCAAUCUGUAUGUACUGUAUGAAAGAAUUCAGUCGAGGAAAGAAUGAGAAGGACCUCAGUACCAGCUGUCUGAUGAGGCAUGUGAGAAGGGCUCAUCCCACUGUGCUGCUGCAAGAAAGUGAGUUUCACCCGAGUACCCCUGUCUCGUCUUCCUUAGUACAUCCUAGAAAUUCACCGAAUAAUGGGGACUUGGCAGCUAACACAUCUGCUUCUCAAAAAAGCAGCUGGAUGUUGGGGCUGUCGGCAGAUGAGGGUGAGGCUUUGCCCAAAGAAGCGUUCCCUGUUACGCAAGAAUCAGAGCAGAGUGCCAAAAAGGAAACCUGCAAGGCUUCCUCUCCACAUUCCACCAACCACCAAACCGAAGAAGCUACAGACAGCACGUCUGAACCCAUCCUAACAACUCAUAAAAAUGGAAACUCUCGGAGACGAUCAGCAGUGUGGAAGCAUUUUUACCUGUCCCCAGUAGACAACUCCAAGGCAGUGUGUAUACACUGCAUGAAUGAGUUCAGCCGAGGAAAGAACGGUAAAGACUUGGGGACAAGCUGCUUGAUUCGUCACAUGUGGCGGGCCCACAGAGACAUAGUUGCAGAGGAAAGCGGACAGGGUUGUACCAUUCCACCGCCUUAUACAAGCCCACCUACCCUUUUGUCACGUUUUCAGCCUCAAGAGACAAGCGAGAUCAAAAAAGAAUCCUCUCUUGUCCCAUCCUCCCCUGAAACGGUGUCUGACGAAGCACUGCAAAGUUUUAGUGAGAAUAUGGAUGUUAAAGAGGACUCAAAUGAUGAGUUGUAUAAUUCAGGACAAGAGUCUUCAGCUGAUAUUUCAUUAGAACAUAAAGGAGACAAAGAUCCACAUCCACCCCUGAUAGAGGAGCUGUCUGAGGGCUUAUACCUACACCAAAAUCUUACUUCAAUAUUCCAAGAAAACAAAAAAAUCAUGAAAAGAGUGAAGUCAGAGGUCUGGCAUCAUUUCCUUGUGUCCCCAGGUGACCAGCUCAAGGCGUUGUGCAGAUACUGUCCUUGUGCCAUCAGCCGAGGGAAACGUGGGGACUUUGGGACAAGUUGUCUAAUGAGGCAUCUCAUGAGACGUCACCCUGAUGUCCUUCACGAUCAGAAAACCACGUGUGAUAAGGUGUCCUUGUCUGGUUCAGCCCACACCACCUCAGCAGCUGCUCAAGCUUUAUCCUCAGAAGAUCCAGAUGGCACUGAAAAGAAAUUGCGCACUUUCAGCAAGAAGACUUCUAAGUUAUGGAAUCACUUUUCUAUUAGUGCCACUGACCCCACAAAGGUUAUUUGUUUGCACUGUAACCGCACGAUAAGCCGAGGUAAAAAGACGACAAACCUCGGCACCAGUUGCUUAUUUAGACACAUGCAGAGAUUUCAUGGACAUGUUCUUGAAAAUAACAGCAGUGUCUCAGGUAUUGUGUCUUCUGCUGGCGUUCAAGUAAAAGAAGAACCCAUGGCCACUUCCUUAUAUGAAGAAAAUGGCAAAAAAAUUGCCCAGUAUCACCCUGUAUCCAAAAAGAUCACCAGGCUUGUCGCUGAAAUGCUUGCGCUGGAUCUGCAACCCUCAGCACUUGUAGAGAACGUCGGUCUCGGCCGAUUACUGGAAUACCUGCAGCCACAGUACUCAUUACCUUCGCCUUCUUACUUCACAAGCACUGCCAUUCCAGAGAUGUACGAAAGGGUGAAAGAAGUCAUUGUUACACACCUGAAAGAGGCUGAGAGUGGAAUUAUUCAUUUCACAACAAGCAUUUGGAUCAGCAGCCAAACUAAAGAGUACUUGACUCUGACAGCCCACUGGGUAACCUACGAGUCGUGCGUGAGACCUCAGGGCCAGGACUUUCACUGCUCCGCCCUUCUCAGCGUUACUCAGAUUGACUGUGAUUACAAUAUGCUCAGUAUCCAGAAGCAGCUGGAGUAUCUCUGGGAUACUUGGAUUAAUUCAUCAGGUCUGAAAAUUGGGUUUACUGUGACUGAUAACCUGAGCAUUGUAAAUACACUGGACAGUAAUGAUCACGCUACCUUAAAAUGUUUCAGACACACAAUUGACCUCAUUGUUACUGAAGCCAUAAAGAGCCAAAGGAUGGUUCAAAACCUGCUAAGUACAGGCAGGAAAAUCUGCGAGCGUGUUCACCGUUCCGCUAAAGCAAAGGAGAAGUUAGCUGAACUUCAGAAGACUUACCACUUGCCUGAAAACCAGCUCGUUCAAGAUGUUCCUUCCAAGUGGAAAACAUCAUUUUACAUGCUUGAACGUUUAGUGGAGCAAAAGAAAGCAAUUGAUGAAAUGUCAAUAGAGUGCAAUUUUAGGGAACUGAUAAGCUGUGACCAAUGGGAGGUAAUGCAGUCUGUGUGUAACGCUUUAAAACCUUUUGAAGUAGCAUGCAGGGAAAUGAGCGACCGGACUGCCACACUAGGCCAAGUCAUACCGCUAAUUCAUAUCCUCAACCGAAAGAUAGAUAUGCUCUUUGAUGAGACUAUGGGCAUCGAUAACAUGCUGAAGUCUCUGAAGGAGGCAAUGGUAAGUCAAUUGUCCUCCACACUUCAUGACCCAAAGUAUAUUUGGGCAACGAUGCUGGAUCCUCGAUACAAGACUUCUCUGUUCACAGAGGAAGAGGCUGAACAGUGCAAGCAAGACCUCAUCAGAGAACUUGAGGCAUCAUUAUCUACCUCAACUGAUACCAAGCUUUUACCGUCCAAUGGAUGCAGCGUUUUCCCAGUUUCAUCCAAUAGUACUCAGUCUGAUGAGGAUAACCUCUGGGCCCUAAUGGAUGACAUCAAGAAAAAGAUCAAGCAGGAAGAGCGACCUAAAUCCUCAGAGCUAGCAGUGCUGGAGUAUUUAGAAGAGGAGAUACUUGAUCAAAGCUGUGAUCCCCUGGACUACUGGAAUCUGAAAAAGUUUCUGUGGCCAGACCUUGCCAAAGUGGCUGUUCGUUAUGUUAGUUGCCCUCCUAGCAUUGUCCCAGCAGAGACACUGUUCAGCACAGCAAGUUCCAGCUAUGCCAUGAACCAGUCCAGACCAUUGUUGGAAAACCUCGAGGGCCUCGUCUUUUUAAAGGUCAACCUCCCUUUAAUAUAUUUUCAGUACUGAUAAGGUUUUAACCUUGUGGGUCUAAAUCACAGACUCCUACUAGCCACAGGAUCUGUGAAAAUAGACAAUACAUUAUUUUACUUAUUUAUUUUUUACUACUAAGAAUGCUUUUCCAUUUUGGCUCAGAAAUGGUAUAUGGAGCAUUUGGACCAAUCACAGCUAUUAAUUGAAAAAAAUGAUUUGUGUAAACUACUGUUAACAUUUGACAACUGAAGCAAGCCUGUAGCCUAGUGAAAACUGGCAGAGCAAGAGGCUUUGACUGUCAGUUGCAGGAUUAAAUAUUUUGUUGUGAUAUUGUUAUGUAUAACUUUGUUCUUUUUUUCUUCUCUCUGCUUGUGCCUUAUGCAAACUACUUCAGGUCAAAGAUGCUGUAAAUAUUUAAGUGGUGUUAUACCAAUUUGUAGUCUUUGAAUUUAGGUGAUUAUGUAUUAUAGAAUAGAUGCUGAAUGACAUUUUACUCUAAAAACCAGGCCCAAAAAUACUGUGAAUGGAGAAUAUUUAAAAAUAUUCAUAUUUAAUUUUCUUUGUGAAAUUGUGGCUGAUGGUACAGUCUAUUAGAAUUAGCUUUUUUAAACUCACUUUUUCUACAUGAACAUUAUAAAAUAGUUCUGUAUUCACAAUAAGCAAUCUGUUUCAAAUACUUUAAGCACAAUUAGUUGAGGGAAUUAUGGGUUCACUGUUGAAUAAAUUACUGUACAUCUUUAAAUAUUAAUUUCCAUAAGGAUUUUGAUAAUUGUAUAAGCAUUUAGACUGGAUUUAAACACGUUUUGUGGUAAUUUUUUAAAUAAAACCUUGCCCAGGGACAGAA